AAAUAGAGACUUAAAAAAUGUAAAAUGGCUUAUUGAAACUGAACUUGUUAAAAUAAAGGAAAUCAACAUAAAAGAUACAUUAAUUAUUUUUAAGCUGUUAAGUUCUAUAGAUGAAAGAAAAUCUUGUGUAACAUGGGUUGAGAUAGAAAUGAUCAAAUCACUUUUGUCACACGGCUUGGCUGUAUAUGAGAAAGGGUCAGAGGUCACUCUGGCUGCUGAUAUUGGUGACCUCAGAUUGGUUGAGGUUUUCUGCCGUCAUGGCGUCCUGGCGCCUUAUCAAGCGAUGGUCGUGUCGGCUGCUAAAGGCCGAACUGACGUCAUCAGAUUAUUAAUUAAACACAAAGUUAGCGUGAAUUAUCUUGACAAAAAUAACUUGCCAGUAUUUGCAGGUAGUGCCUUAGAGACCGCAUUAAGAAAUGGAGAGCUUGAAUGUGCUGAAUUUCGUCUUCAAAACAACGCCAAAAUGAACGUCCCAUCUGCUUUAAAUACAGUGCUCACACACCGACAGAAGGAAUGUCUGAGGAUGAUAUCUGAACGCUACACGUCUGCUUGUCAAGCAGCCGUCUGCAGCUCGACGUCUGAACUUCUUCUUUUAGCAGCAUCAACCUCCGAUGUUGGCGUCGUUAAAGUUUUGUUGGAACUUGGCGCCGAUGUGAAUCAGUUGGUAUGUGGUAACACCGCCCUGACCAAGUCGUUUAAUUUAGGGAUGGUUAAUUUUCUGAUACACCGGGGUGCUGACGUCAACAUUGACCUUAAUGAUACGAAGUCGCCAACAGUUUUGUUUAAAAUUCUUUCAGCGGAAUACUUUGAUGGUUUAAAGAAAGCGCUCAAAACAAAUGACAAUACAGAUUGUUAUAUUUUACGGGACGAGAUAUUUCAAGAGAUUUUAAAACAUUUUACGCGUGUCAAUGUGGAAAAUGUUUCCGGAGAUACGGUAUUAUUGGUUGCUGCGAAGAUGACUGGUACUAAAAUAAUUUUAAAAAUGUUGAUGGAGGCAGGCUCUGAUCUAGGACACAGAAAUAAAAAUGGCGACACUGCGUUUUAUGUGUCAACAUUAUCGAAUUCAUCGGAAAACGUUGAGAUUUUAUUUGAACUGGGUGCGGACGUAAACGCACAGGUGAAACACUCCACAGCUCUGAUUAAUGCAGCAGAGAGGUAUAAUACACAGAUUGCUUUAAAGUUGUUGAGAUAUGGUGCUAAUGUGGACGCUCGCGAUGAGUAUGGUAAAACAGCGUUGAAUCACGCUAUAGAUAAUGGUGAUGAUGUUUUAAUAGACGAGUUGAUUGCACGAGGAUCAGACAUUACACAUAGAGAUAUGGACGGCUGUACGUGUUUGAUGACGGCUGCUAAGAUGGGCGAUGAAGACGUUCUGACAAGUUUAAUAAACGCUGGAGCGAACAGAGACAUUAAUACGACUGAUCAUAAAGGCAACACAGCAUUAUUUCAUGCCAUUUCAGACUGUCGUGAUGAUAGUUGGCAGAAUGUUAAAAUAUUAGAUCAGUUAAUUUGUGAAGGCGCUUCCAUCAAUCAUCGCAAUAAAAAGGGAAUGACCCCAUUAAUGCUGUCGAUUAAGUUUGAAAAUAAAAAAGCUGUUUUAUCAUCAAGAUUAGUGGAGGCUGAUGUCGAUUUAAUGAGUUACCAUAAUCCACCAAAAACAGCGCUGUCUAUUGCUUUAUCCAAUCUGCCUGGAAGACCUAAGACAAUGUGUAAGAUUGUUAAACACUUGUUAAAUCGUGGAGCUAAGGUGGAGCUGGUGAAUCCAGAGUUUGUUCAUUUGUUCAUUGCAUUAGGGAAGGAUUGUAUAGCACAACAGCUCAUCAAGGCAGGGGUAGGGCCAAGUGAGGUGGAGAUAACCAAGAAUAUUAAAUACUGGUUUACAAGUUCAUAUAGGUUAACUCCCCUCUGUGUAGCCCUUCUGAUGGACAAUUUAUUCCUGGCUGAGUAUUUUAUAAAAAUCGUUUUUUUGACCAACUCAGACCUGCGUUUAUUAUCACAUAGUGAAAAAGUUAUUAAGUAUUUAGUGCCACAGUUUCACACUGAUUGUGCUACCAUGUUAAACCCAUAUUCUAAAACACCACUACGUCUGGAGAUGAUGGCGUUUGUCGCUGUAUCGUCUGCUAUAGGAUCCCACCCAAACAGACCCGCCAGAGUGGAGAAGACUGGACUCCCGUACCCGCUGAUGGAAAGAUUACUGUUCCUGGCAGACGACACAUUACUGAAGAACCGUAAUAUUGAGGAUGAAAGAUUGUUUAUUAAAAUCUGUUCUAGUAACCCGGAGCUAAAAAAAACAUUGAAACCUUUUGACUAUGAAUCCGAUGAGUCUUCGGAAGACAGCGACAGUGACUAAAAGAUAUUAGACUCCUUUAAUUCAUUUUUAAAUUUCAGAUAUACGAUUAGAAAAUUGACAACAAGCAGAUACUUUUCUCAUAGGAUUUAUUUAAUGCUCGCAUAUC